AUGCUAUUCCUAACCAUAUUCUUUCUUCUUCUGCUAAGUGUAAAAAACUCCUUAGGGAAUGAUACGAUCGUUUUUACACGAGGUGAAGCUGGCUAUUUCUGUAUUAAAAUUCCCUAUAUCUUAACAACAGCAAAAGGAACUUUGCUCGCAUUUGGUGAAGCACGACUAUUCUCAUGCAGCGAUUAUACUGAAACUGAUAUUGUUUACAAACGAAGUCUGGAUAAUGGACAAACUUGGUCGAAUCUACAAGUUCUGUAUCGAGGCAAUUCUUCGAAUAGUAAAUAUCAUCGUGUUGGAAACAUCGCACCUGUUCAACUGAGAUACAAUCAGCGAAUAUUGAUUCCAUUCUGUCAAGAUAAUCUGAUCGUCAUGCAAACCUACACAGAUGACGAUGGUUUAACAUUUGCUCCGCCACAAGUUAUUCCCAACGUCACCCGACCGGAAUGGAAAUGGGUAGGUCUCGGACCACCUGGCGGUAUUUUACUACAAUCAAAUCGAAUAUUAAUUCCAGCUUAUUAUUCUGUGCAUCCAAAUGACAACGGUCUGUUGUCGACAGGUUAUGUGAUGUUAAACGACUUGAAUGGACAAAUUGAUAAAUGGUAUCUCGGUGGCCAAUACAAUCUGGACAAUUAUUACCCAAACGAGUGCCAAGCUGUUGAAUUGCUGCCUACUACUAACUCGAUAUUUAUUAAUUCACGUUCAUUAGGAACGAAACGUAUCGGUGCGUAUAGUACCGAUGGAGGAAUAACGUUCAACAGAGUUAAGGUGUUGAAGACACUCGUUCAACCACUGACUGGUUGUCAAGGUUCAACCAUAUAUGAUGCAAAUACUCGACAGCUAUUCUAUUCAGGUUUAGCUGAAACAUCUUAUAUUCGCAGCAAUUUGUCACUUUAUAUAAGUGAUGACAAUGGCGAAAGUUGGACCUAUAUGAAGACAAUCUUUCCAGGUUCCUCUGCGUAUUCAUCAUUGACUAUGAUGAAUGAUGGAUCAAUUGGUUUAUUGUAUGAAUGGGCGAAGAAAAGCGAUCGGGUUUUUCAACCGGAUUACAUGACAUUUACUGUAGUAUAUAAUCAAAGUAAAGACAAUGUAGAUUAA